AUGCUAUACAAGAAUAAGGUCCUUGACAAUCGCCCUCCUGACAAGCGUGCCAAGCACGACCAGCACGACAAGACUGCCACCUGGUGCAUUACACCUUCCCCCACGUUAAAGCCUCUUUCCAGCGAGCUCUCCAAGAAGGUUCUCAUGAACCCCGAUAUCAUCUCCCGCAUUGUUCGCUACGCCUGCAUGAACCGCUUCUCACACAAUGCGGUCCUCUUCCGUCUGCUCAACGUUUGCAAGGCGUUUCACCAGCCGGCACUCAAGAUGCUCUACAGCAACCUCCAGUACGAUGGCUUCUGCAACCCAUUCCUCGACCAUGGGGCCAAGUCAACCAUCCUUGAAUACACAGAAGACCUCAUGGUCCUUCAUCACAAGGGAUGUACCGCCACCGCCGCCAUGGGGACUGAUUUAUUGUUCCCCAACCUCAAGUCAAUGACCCUGUUCUUGGUGUGCGGCCCUUCCUGCACCAACUGCGCCGUCAUUCAAGCCGCGUUCCGCGCGCCUCCCCAAGGCCUCACUAUUGUCACCGAGCACGACUCCCUCUUCGUCAAACCAGGUGUUCCCGACAUGAUUCUCGGCUGCUCCGCUCGUGCCACCACCAUCACCUAUGACAUGGGCAUCAACGGACUCAAGUACAUUCCCUUUGUCUUCUCCCUCCCACACGGCCCCAACCUCAACAAGAUCACGUUCCAAGUCCACCUCACCGGCGAGUGUGACGGUGACAUGUUUCGUAAGGUUUGCAAAUCGUUCAUCUCGGCCCUCAAGAGCGUCCCUUUCGGCCAGACGUUGACGCUCGUCCUCGAGUACAAGAACCACUGGCGCGACUUUCCUGCCUGGACGACCUGGCAGUCGCGCCUCGAGCGCUGUGCCAAGGAAAUCGCACUCCACCAACAGCUCUGGGUCGAAGCGUCUCUCGAUCAGGACCGUGUCAUGUUCAAAAAGCUCAACUCCUGCGUUUCCUUUGUCAACCACGUCCCCGAGCCCAGCGCCUCUCCCUUCGGCUACCAGAAACCAGUUGUCCGCCACCGCGCGGUUACGAGAGGCAUGGCAGCGCGCGCUGGCGGGUCUGAACUUGAAGAGCUCCCCAAGAAGUCUGUCAAGAAGAAGGUGAAGGCUGGUAAGCUUCCCUAG